UGGUUUGUGUUCCUUAUGACCUUAUGGUGAUGUUUAGGUCCAUGUGAUUUCUUGUUUCCCCCAUCUGGUGUGUGCUGGCCCUCGUUCGAGUCGACCUGAAUAUCUCUCCAUCUGCUCUGUCGCCAUGGCUGACCUCGACAGUUUCUUCGCUCGAAAGGAUAGAAAGAAAGUGAAAGGCAGGAAGUUUACCACUACCGACGAGAUAGCCCGCCGUCUAGAGGAGACCGAGAAGAAGCUGGAGCAGCAGCAGCAGCAGGGCGUUAAGGCCAAGGUGGAAGCGCUAGUGAAGAAGCAGCCACAAGAAGAAAGUACGACGGAAGAAAACCCGGUCGAGGAAGAAAAGCCCCCAAAGGAAGAAGAAGAAGAAUGGAAUGACUUUAAAGAUGAGGGUGAUAAAGAUCUUACAGAUUUAAAAAUCACAAAGUUGCAAAUAGAAGAUGAAGAAGAAGGUGGGGGAGGUUCAGCAGAUGAUGAUGGAGAAAAAGGAGACCAUGGGGAUAAAAAGGAUGGAGUGUGGAAGACAGAGCAAGUGCCAGCACCACCACCAGCACCUGUAGCUGCUCCUGUAGUGGAACCAGAGGAAAAAAAUAAACUUUCACAAAUUGGCUCCUCAUAUGUACCACCACACAUGCGCAGUAUGGCACCAUCACCAUUACCAAAGUCCACCCCCAGGCGUAAUCGAACUGCUCCAGAUAUCAACAAUGAAAUGGCGUUCCCAUCUUUGUCCGAUGCUCAAGCAGCCAAUCCAAUGGGUGCUUGGGGAAAGAAGAGAAUGAACAAUGAGGGCUUUGAGAGUGUGAGGCAUGGUUCCACACGUUCCUAUCAAGAUGAUUAUGCAGCCCCCAAACUUAGUACAGCCAACCGAUUUGAUGCUCUAAGUGAUAACAGCUGAGGCGAUGGACUUAUAGAGCACUUGAUGAAAUAUAGGCUUGUUAUAAGGGUAGCGGAAGAUAAAGAGGGAUUUUAUUAUUAUUGUCAUUAUUACAGUUAUUAUUAUUAUUAUUAUUAUUAUUAUUAUUAUUAUCUUUUGUCUUUGCAUUUGCUUUUAAAAAUUGCUGGUUGCAGAUGGAAUAUAUACUAUCCAUUUUCCUUUUAUGUUACUUAGCCUGCCGUUAAGUGUUGUUGUUGCAUAUUGGAACAGUCUUUGUUUAUUCAUUCCUUUCUGUAUAAGUCAUUUGUGACAUUUAUUAUUAUUGUUAUUAUUAUUAUUAUUAUUAUUAUUAUUAUUAUUUUUGUUAUUAUACUGAUUUCUUUUAUUGGUUUAUUUUCUUUAAGGAUGCAUAGUGACUGAUUUUGGACAUUUAAAAACAUUAAAACACAAUACAGUAUUUUUAUGAAAGUAACAAACACACUGGUCAUGUCCUGAAACCCUGUCAGUGGAAGUUGUUGGCUUGGUAGUGGUUGGUUUGUGUGUGUGUGUGUGUGUGUGUGUGUGUGUGUGUGUGUGUGUGUGUGUGUGUGUGUGUGUGUGUGUGUGUGUGUGUAUGGAAGAGAGAGAGAGAGAGAGAAGUGGAAAGCAGUAAGUGUAAUUAAGCAACAAAUUGUAUCAAUCAUUAUUGGGUGUUUGUUUAGGAGGGAAUAUUGAUGGUGUCUAAGCUCAAGCUUAAUAAAACUAAUAUUCAACUUUUAGUCUUCAUUCGAGGGGUGAAAAUAAUGGUGACUACCCUGAUCAAUAAAAAGAUAGAAGUAGUAGUCACGAGAUAGUGUAUAAUACAGUUAUUGCCUAUGAAGGGUUAUUUUCACAUUUACAUAAUUUGGAAUAUUUUAUAUGUUGUUAUCUGCAACAUUAUAUAGUAAAUAACAAUCAAACAUUUAAUAGUGAUUAUUGAAUGCAAUAUUUAAAUACUCGGGGUCCAAGAACUUGUCUGGAGGCGUGUGUGCACGUUACCUGUGGUUGUAAGUAGUGACUCGACUUAUGGACUUAUAAGGCCAAUUUCUCAUUGCUCUACAUCUUAGUUGCCAAUUGUCAGGUGAACAUUUUAGAGGUGAUGUCCCCUAAGUGUGCCUGGUUCUGAUCCAUAAUGCUCCCCACAUGGAAAUUCUCAAGAGUCUGAUCAUGAUAAAAGUACUCUUCCAAAAAUUUUAUCCUUGUGUAUCAGAAUUUAUUAACAUCCUUCAGUUUUA